GGUUGGGGAGUGCGGGAGGGGGCGGGUUGUGGCGGUAUUUUCGGGUUCGCUGCUUGUCGGUGGCGCCUGGUGCCCCGGCGGCCGCGCUGGGUUGUUGCUUCCCCCUGUGUCAGGGUUGUCGCCUGAGAGGCCGGAGCAGCGGCGGCCGCGCUCUGUGGAGAUGGUCCGGUCGGCCCGGCCCGACCCGGCUCCUGCCUCGUCCCGGCGGCGGGGGAGGAAGCGUGUCGGCACCGCCUGGGCGAUCGGUGCCGGAGCGCGACCCGGCCCGGGCAGCCGAGCGGCUGCGGGGCGCUGCCUCUGCACGGGGCGAGAGCCCUUCGUACGGUCACUUACGCCGGAGGCCACUUGUCUGGCCGGGUCGGGUGCGGGAUUGAUCCUGGCAGGGCAUGGGGCUGUUGGCCUGAGGGCUCUUGCAGUCAUUUCCCCCCUUUCCCCUCCCUUUUAAAUAUUUUCUUCUUAAUAAAUAACUCUGGGAGAUUUCUGUUAAGUAAAUUCAAAGUGAAAUUAUGUUCUCGAGCCAUUUGGUUUGCUUUCUACUUCUAGAUCACUUCUUGUGAGCUGGUGGUGUUGAAGAAACUGAAUGAAUGGAACGGUUAGGGGAGAUAGAAGGUUUGCAUUUCAUGCUCUCCACUUACCACAAGACACAAACAACGUUUUGCCUCUGAAGUGACCUGGAAUCAUUGGAGCUGUGUGUCCUGUGGGACUCUGAGGACCUCUGAAGCAAGGGCGCAAUGAUGGAUAACCGUUUUGCUACAGCACUAGUAAUUGCUUGUGUUCUCAGCCUCAUCUCCACAAUCUAUAUGGCAGCUUCCAUUGGCACCGACUUUUGGUACGAAUACCACACCCUGUCCCCAGCUGAGAAUGUUAGUGAAGCUGGUAGGAGCAUCUGGGAGGAAUUUGUCAGCGAAGAUGCAGAUGAGAAGACCUACACAGAUGCGCUUUUCCGGUGCAACGGCACAGUUGGAUUGUGGCGGAGGUGUAUCACUGUACCCAAAAACUCUCACUGGUACAGCCCACCAGAAACUGAUAUGACUACAAACUGCAUCAGUUUUUCCCUCUCUGAUCAGUUUAUGGAAAAGUACAUAGAGCCUGGAAAUCACAAUAGUGGCACAGAUUUGAAUCGAACUUAUCUCUGGCGAUUGCAGUUUCUCCUGCCGUUUGUCAGCCUUGGCCUCAUGUGCUUUGGGGCUCUGAUUGGGCUCUGCGCCUGUGCCUGUCGCAGCCUUUACCCUGCCAUUGCCACUGGCGUUCUCCAUUUCCUAGCAGGGCUUUGUACGCUGGGCCUGGUUGGCUGCUACGUAGCUGGGAUUGAGCUGCUCCAUAAGAAGCUGCCCCUGCCUGAUGAUGUGAGGGGUGAAUUUGGCUGGUCCUUCUGCCUAGCCUGUGUCUCAGCUCCUUUGCAGUUUAUGGCAGCUGCUCUUUUUAUCUGGGCGGCUCGCACCAACAGGAAGGAGUUCACUCUCUUGAAAGCAUACCGUGUAGCAUAAGUGCUGCUACCAAAGUACUGGGUUUCCAUGUUAUAGCCUCUUCUCCCCCAACCCUUACUACUUUUUUCCUUUUAGUCAGAAUUUUACAUUGUACUGCAUGCUUCUUGCCAGUUGAGACAAUUUAGCCUGCAGGCCUGGAAGACAAAGACCUCUAGGCUAAAUGACCAAACUCUGCCAGAAGUCUGCAGAAUUUGAACAGGUUUUUAAAUUGGGAUUUUUUUUAAGAAUUAUUAUUUUUUAGGCUUCAUUUGGUUAUUGAACAUCCCCUUAGUUAGGUGUACAUGCCCCUUCCUAAUCUUAUUACCAUGUCAGCCUGGAGGAAAUAGGACUGGUGUUUGUGGGGUGGAAGAGAGAUAGGAAAAGAAGAGGUGCAGGUAGGAAAGAAUGGGAACCUCAGUCCACAAAUAAUAAAUAACCAGGAGCUGUCUGCUGUGUGACCCAAGCAGGCAGAACCUACAGAGAGCAUCCAAGAGACAUGGGCGAACUCGGAAGCCUCUGUUAUGGAAUUACUGUAGCUAAAUCAGUCCUACAGGUUUGCCUUGGGUCCCUUAUUCUCACUAGAUGGCUACUUUUUCUGGCUUCUGCCAAAAUUGAUGCAGGCAGAGCAGCUGCCAGUGGGAGUGCCACACCAGUACUGUGAUUGUCACAGCACACCAUCCCGAAGCAGACUCUGCGCUCAUGUUUGCUGAGAAGCAGGAUAAGUUGGCCCAUGUGGAACUUUGUGCUGCUCUAGCUACACUGCUUCCAGGACCCGGGCUAGUUUGGUAUCUGCACUACAUGUGAUUGUGUACUCUAAUCUUAACUUGUGGUUUUGAUUCCUAAGAAAUAAGGCUUUCCUCUCUUGUGUGGAAAAUAACCUGUCACAAGUUUUUUGUUUUUAAUUUGGUUUAGUGUAUGUGUGUAUAUGUACAUAUAUAAACUUUUUUAAAGCUCACCUAUUUAUCCUAUAUAGCACACAACAGGUUUGUUUUUUUAAAAAAGGUGCUGCCCUUUUCCCAUCUCACCCCAAACCUAUUGUUUAAAUGAAUGAAUUAAAAGAAAAGAGCUCAGAA